GUGUGUGUGUGUGUGUGUGUGCGUGGGCUGAUCCGCGGCGCGUCGGUGACUCGCUCAGUUUGGUUUCAUGAUCAUCUGCUGCGGACUGAACUCACACUCACGCGUUUCUCUGAUCCUGUCUGGAAAUAUUAAUAAAGAUCCGCCCGCGCGAGCUGAAGUUAGUUUGUCGCGGGAAUCUCUGGUUUCUGAAGGAAACACUCGGGAACUGAUGCGAGAGAUUCUCGAGUCUCUGGAACUGAAGACGCGUCACGGAUCCGACGGAGAGCAGCGCGAUGGGGGAGCAGCCGAUCUUCACCACCAGAGCUCAUGUCUUCCAGAUCGAUCCCAGCACUAAGAAGAACUGGGUUCCCGCCAGUAAACAGGCCGUUACCGUCUCCUACUUCUACGACAGCACACGCAACAGCUACCGCAUCAUCAGCGUGGACGGGUCAAAGGUGAUCAUCAACAGCACAAUUACCCCCAACAUGAACUUCACUAAAACAUCGCAGAAGUUUGGUCAGUGGGCCGACAGUCGCGCAAACACAGUGUUUGGACUCGGCUUCGCCUCCGAACAACAGCUGUCCAAGUUUGCGGAGAAGUUCCAGGAAGUCAAAGAAGCAGCGAAACUGGCCAGAGAAAAAUCUCAGGAGAAGAUGGAGACGUCCAGUGAUCAGUCGCAGGAAUCUGGCCAUGAAACCCAAUCAGGCAAUCAAGAGUCCAGCUUCAACGGAACGGAUGAUGAGAAGAUCUCACACGUGCCGGACGACACCGCACUGAAGAGCGAGAACGACCGGCUGAAGUCUGUAGCGGAGCAGAGUAAGAAGCUGGAGAUGGAGCUGCAGGCGCUGAAGGACAGCAAUGCUCAUCUGACAGACACGCUGAACGAGGCUAACAGCAAGGCUGAGAGCUGGAAGAGUAAAGUGACCCAGAGCCAGGACGAGAACAACCAGCUGAGGCACAAGAUCUCGGAGCUGGAGGAUCAGUGUAAGGAGGUGAAUCUGGAGAGAGAGAGAAAUGCUCAGCUGAGUCUCAGAAUUCAAGAGCUGGAAGCAGAUCUACAGGAAAAAGAACAGGAGCUCGAGGACCUGCGCAAACAGGCAGAAACCAUCCCGCAGCUCGUGACCAAAUGUGAAAGUGUCACGGCCAAACUACAGGCUGCAGAAACGGCCAACAGAGGCCUGAGCGAGAAGAUGACGCUCCUGCAGAGCGAGAUCGACGACAGUCAGCAGAACCAGAAGAACAUGAAGAGCGAGCUCAAGAGGUUCAUGGACGUUCUGGACGGGAAGAUUGAUGAGCUCCAUGAAGUUCGGCAGAGCAUUUCUAAACUGGGCGUCGAUAACUGAACACACACACACACUCUCUCUCUCUCACACACACACACUCACACACUCUCUCUCUCUCUCUCACACUCACUCUCUCUCUCUCUCUCUCUCUCUCUCUCUCUCUCUCUCUCACUCUUAUACACACACACACACACACACACACACACACACGGACUGAAGGGUGUAUUUAGCCGCUGCAGAUCUCAGGGCCCUUUGGAAUCGCUGAUAUGCACAAACACACGUGAACUGCAGAAUCACUAAGUGCCUGAAGGUGGCGCUCUCUCUGUCUCUCCGCCUUCCCUCAUAAACUCUUCUGACAAUCGUCCUGUUUAACACGAGGCCUCGAGACGCUCCUCAUGCAAUACACGCCUCAGGCAGCAGGACGCACCUCUCUUCUUUCGCUUCUUCUGUUGGUUUGUUUGUGUUUUUGAGAUGGAGUCGCAUUCAAAUGAUUCUUAUUCUGAUCGAUGAAAAUAUGAGCCAAAUAUCUGCUGUGCUGAAGGCAGUAUGUUCGGUGCAGAUGUGUGUCGUGCUCAGCAGUGUUUGUGAUGUGCUCCUCCACUUGUGUGUGUGUGUGUGGCAUUCAGGUGAUGGGAUAAUUUACACAUGCUUUUUUUAGAAUAAUCUCAGCCUUUUCUGAGUCUGAUCGGAGCGCUUGAGCUUCCGAACUCUCUGCUCAGUUCCUUGCAGUUGUUCUUUCUCUUGAUGCUGUUUGAAUGUUGUGGCUGGUGUAUUAUAGAGCACUGAGUGUCUUUGGCACCCUCUAAAACACACACACCUUACUGGAAACUUGAGCCUUUUCCCCUCUUUAUGAAAAAAAAAACUAAAAAAAACUUUUGUUGAUCAAAAUUGUGAAAUAAAUAAUUGUGGAAAUCUAGUUUCUGAAAGAGA